UCUAAGCAACACACCGACUGAGACGUCUGUUAAAAGUGCCUUGGUCAUUGGAGAUUCGAUACUUAGGAACGCGAACAUUGAGGCACCAGCCACCAUAGUCGAUUGUAUACCGGGAGCCAGGUCUUCAGACAUUAGAUCAAAACUUAAAGGGCUGGCUAAUGCUAAGCGUAAGUUUUCUAAAAUUGUUAUUCACGCCGGCACGAAUGACACCAGACUCCGCCAGUCGGAGAUCACCAAAGAUAAUAUUAAAGAGAUAUGUGAAAUUGCUAAAACAAUGUCAGACAAUGUAAUAUGCUCUGGUCCCCUCCCCGCCUACCGGGGGGAUGAAACUUACAGUAGAUUAUUGUCUCUUCACGACUGGAUGUCAAAAUGGUGCCCUCAGCAUAACGUAGGGUUUAUAGACAAUUGGAAGCAUUUUCGGGGGAGACCUGACCUGCUAAAGAGAGAUGGCCUCCAUCCAUCUCAGGAAGGAAGUGCGAUUCUCUCUAUAAAUCUGACCAAUAGUCUUACUUCGAAUACAGUCUGACUAUCCAGGGUACAAGUCAGACAACAGACGGAUCGGCUUAACCGUCCAUCUGUUAGCUGCCGUGAUAUGUCAAGAUCACUUAUAUCCCAGCACUUCGAGUCAAUCUUACCAGAAUAUCAACACAUUUCAACUGUAUCUGUUCCCCGAACAAAUAAAUACAGAGCACCGCUUGCCACAUCUGGUACAAAUCUGAUUAAUAUAAAAUUAGAAAACAAUACAUUAACAGAUGAACCUCGGAUGUUAAAAUUCGGCCUUCUUAACAUUAGAUCGCUUACCAAUAAAGAACCUAUUGUCAAUGAAAUAGUUACAGACCAAAACUUAGAUGCACUCUGUUUAACAGAAACCUGGCUUAAAGCAGACAACUACAUUAGUUUAAACGAAUCCACCCCACAAGACUAUUAUUGUAAACACGAACCUCGAUUAAAGGGGAGAGGGGGUGGUGUAGCUACAAUAUACAACAACAUUUUUAAAGUAAACCAAAAAUCUGAAGUAAAAUUUAAAUCAUUCGAACUAAUGUUGUUAAAUAUGGAAAUAACCGAUCGUAACCACAAACAGCUCUCUUUUGCCUUAGCUACAAUCUAUAGACCUCCGGGCCACCAUGCAGAUUUCCUUAAAGAAAUAGCAGAUUUCCUGUCUGAGCUUGUAGUCACUGUAGAUAAAGCUCUUAUCGUUGGUGAUUUUAAUAUUCAUGUGGAUAACCCAAAAGAUGCACUAGGACGUGCAUUUAUGGAUGUUCUAAAUUCUCUCAAUAUUAGACAAAACGUGACAGGGCCAACGCAUACUCGUAAGCACACAUUAGACUUAAUUCUGUCACUCGGGCUCAAUAUUAAUGACAUCAAAAUAUCACCUCAGAGUGAUGCAGUUUCUGACCAUUACCUUGUGUCAUACACUGUACUUCUAGAUAGGAUCACUCAAUCCACAACAUGCUACAGAUUAGCCAGAACAAUAAUUUCCACCACUAAAGAUAGAUUUAUUAGCACUCUUCCAGACCUGUCCCAAAUUAAACAUGUAGCAGAUAACUCUGACGAUCUAGAUAUUGUAAUAGAAAACCUAAACAAUGUGUGUUCUAACACAUUGGAUGCCGUUGCUCCCAUUCGAAAAAAGAGAAUCAAAGAAAAACCGCCAGCUCCAUGGUAUGAUCAUCACACCGCAGCACUCAAAAAGGCAACUAGGACAAUGGAAAGAAAUUAUAGAGGCACAAAGUUAGAGGUAUGGCGUGCAGCAUGGAAAGAGAGUGUUAAACAAUACAGACAGGCUAUUAAAACCGCCAGAUCUACCUAUCUUAGCAAGCUUAUAAAUGAGAAUCAUAAUAACCCUCGUUUCCUCUUCAGCACCGUUGCAAAACUGACUAGAAAUAAAGAACAAACAGAAACCAAUAGUAAACUUCAACACAAUAGUAACGACUUCAUGAACUUCUUUUCUAACAAAAUUACGGCUAUAAGGGAAAACAUCGUAGCUACCCAGGCAGCCACCACUCAACCCGUUAGUUCACUUAACACUAGACUACCAUACGAACAUCUUGAUUCAUUUAAACCUACUACAAUA